AAAAUAGUAGCUUAUAUACCUCUAAACAGAAGCUAAUGAGCUUGUGAAGUUGAGCACACUGGGACUGGAAUCAGUGCCAGCCAAUGAAUGGGUUGAAGGGGACGUUCAGUCGAGGUUCCGCCCUCAUGACUGUUUGCCCGGUCCCUGUCAUCACCGAGUGUAUGCGAAUUGAAAUAACUAGGUUAUUUGUGUCGGAAGGAGAGAUUCCUCCGCUCCUGGCUGGAGUAUGACGCGGGUCUGAGCGUAAUGUCACGCGCGGCGCGGCGCGUCUGUGGGGGUGCGCGUACCGGGACAGGUGUGUUACCUGUGGCUGAGAAUGCUGGAAAUGGGCACGGAUCGGCAACAUGCCGAUGAAACGAAUUACUUUCCUUGAACGUUGCUGUCGUUGUUGUCUUCCGACUAGAAGAGUGUUUGGGAAGUGGAGCGUGCCAAGCCGGUGACUUUUGUCCAUUGAUUGAUUGCGAAUAGUUCGUGAGGACUUUUAAACGGGUGAAGACACGCAAACCACUCCCUGAGCACCGGACACCAAGCUCUCUUUCUGAUCGCAAUUACGCGCAUCCAGUGUAAACGGGGAUUGUGUGGUUUUGACGCAUUCCCGAAGCGCGCUGCGGUAUGUGCGAGACGGUGAUGGCCGUGUCUCAGCUGGACAUCGAGCCUCAUCCACCGGAGAACGGCUUCGUCACCCCCGAAACUAAUAAAUCGCCCGGUUUACUUUCGCAGUUCGAUAGCUGCGUUUUGCCUAACGUGGGCGGAUUUGGGAGAUUUCAGAAACAGCUGAUCGUUUUAACAUGCAUCCCGGCCAUUUUCAUUGGCUUCAGCCAAUUUUCGGACAGCUUUCUCCUGCAUGUGCCUCAGUCGUGCGCUCAAGUGCAGCCGAAUAACAGUGAGCCUUCGUCCAAUGUGUCGGCCGUGAUGUAUCCUGGCGUCGAUAAUGGAAGCAACCCCACGAAUGGGCCAUCACAGUGCAUCUGUACGCAGUCAGGAUGUGAACUGCAAAUUGGACUAAAGCAAAAUGUUGUCACCAAGUGGAAACUAGUGGGCGACUCUGACUGGAUCGUUCAUAUUGCCAAAUUCUCCCUGUUGGUGGGCUCCAUCUUUGGAUACUUGGUGUUGGGAGUUUUGGCGGAUCGGUUUGGAAGGCACCCGGUCCUGAUCCUGUCCGUCAUCUUCAUGUUAAUUUUCGGCAUUAUGGUGGCCUUCUCCGUCAACGUCCCAAUGUUCAUCACCCUGCGCUUCUUUGAGGGCUUCUGCUUGGCUGGAAUCACACUCUCGCUCUAUGCACUGAGGAUAGAGCUGUGUCUGCCGGGAUGGCGUUUCUCCAUGACCAUGGUGGCAAACUUCAUGAUGUUGGCAGGACAGUUGCUCUUGCCGGGAUUGACGGUCAUCUGUCGCGACUGGCAGAUUCUGCAAGUAGUCGUAAUCUGCCCUCUGUUACUCAUGCUGUCCUAUAUCUGGAUCUUUCCGGAGUCUCUGCGCUGGCUGCUUGCGACCCAGCAGUACAGUCGCUCCAAAUGGAUCAUGGAGCGCUUCGCAAUAAAGAACAACAUCAGUCUAGAGGAGGACGCAGCGGAGCUCAUGACCGAGCUGAACCAAGCCCUGCCAAAGCAAUCCAAGAAGACAUGCAUUGUGAAGAUGGUUGGCACAAGGACCCUGUGGAAGAAUUUAGUAGUGCUCUGCGUCAACUCACUGACAGGUUACGGCAUACACCACUGCUUUGCACGCAGCCUGACGGAGAUGGAAGGCAAUAGCCACCACAUGUUGAAGUUCCCCAAUUUCUAUGCCAAGUACUACUCCAUGGGGGGCAUUGCUGUGGCAUCGUGCGUGGCGCUUUGCCCUACCGUGGGCAUGAUGGGACGGCGCGGGGGACUCCUCAUGUUUAUGAUCAUCACAGCCCUGGCGUCUCUCCUUCAGCUCGGCCUGCUAAACUGUGAGAGAACACACAAAUCACAAACACACACCGCUAGCACUCUCUCUGGCACGCUGAACUCCAACUUUUCAAAGGCUUUCUCCAUCAUUGGCAUGUUCUCCUCCCACGCUGUCAGCAACCUAAGCAUCUUUUUUUGUGCUGAAGUCACCCCUACUGUGAUUAGGGGUGGCGGUCUAGGCCUCGUCCUGGCCAGUGCUGGUUUUGGCAUGUUGACGGCACCCAUCAUGGAGCUGCAUAACCAGAAAGGCUAUUUUCUGCAUCAUAUCAUUUUCGCCUGCUGCACUCUUAUCUGCAUCAUUUGCAUCUUGCUGCUGCCGGAGCCUCGCAAUCGACCGCUACCAGAAACAUUAGCAGACGGUGAAUGUUACAUCCGCCAACCGUUACUGCCACCUCGCAAACCGGGCGAGCAACGCCUUCUGCUGACCAAGACCGAGAGCCGCGAGUAUGCGAGGGUUGGCGACACCCCUCUCCACGAAGCAGCUGCCACUGCUGUUUCCACUAUGGGCUCUACUGCCUCAUCCGCCAUCGAUCUUCACAUGCUCAUUGAUGCCCCCGGCCACGCAGAGCUAAUCAGUAUGAAGACAUUGACUUCUACCCAAGAGCCAGAUGAAAUCAAGCAAUCUGCAUCGAUGCCGGAAACCUUUGCCUCAUCCGUUGAGGAUCGUCUCCUUGCCUCUGUCCCAAACACUUCUACCCCAAUCGCUAUUAAUUAUAUUCAGACACCUAAAACAGAAUCUCCAGCCCUUCUGCCUUCUUCAACUGUGGAAACCCCUUCGAUCAGCGAUCCUACCCUCGAGUCCUCUACUUCUUCCGAUCUCCAAACUCCUUCUCUUUUAGAUAUAGUUACACCAGCUGAAUUCCCCUUGCCGGUUGCUAAUGAUAUCAGCAUCCUAACUGAAGCGGGCUCUACAGGUCCUUCCCCAACCUUUCCUCUCUGCACAAUCACCUUGUCUGAUCCACCCACCGGACAAUCACCCGCUCCGCCUUUAAAUGACAUUCCUCCCUCUUCCUCAAUAGACUCUCCUGUUCACCUAGUCACCACUUCCCCAAUACCAGACCAGUCUGGUCAAGUUAAUGCCAUCCCAGUUCAAUCCUUUUCUUCACCCAUAGAUCCCGGCACUCCAUUGUUACAUUUAGUCGCCCAACCUGUUAUUAACUCCAUAGAAUCUGGCCCCCCUUCACCAGCCGUAUUGGAGCCAACCUUAAGUAAUGGUACUUCUCUUCUUGCCACUGUGGGUUCAGCUGCACCUCAUGCCACAGCCACUGACUCUGUUACAGAAUCAAGCCACCCGCUUAUGACAAACUUGACUGUUUCCUCGCCUAUUGACUCAGGUACACCUACAGACAUUGACUUUCCCGUCACAGAAACCAAUAUUGCCAAUGGGGAGACGUCUUCAUGACGGACACAUUCGCUCUACAAGACUUGGUGGGCUGCCUUAUUAUCAAGAAGCAGUUCUUGUCGUGGGAGCUCGUGCCAGUCAUUGCUAGAAGUAUUUUUAUUUUCCAGCGGCCAUAACCCAAGAAUGGCAGUGCAAGGAGAAGGUAUAAAAGGAUUUGACUGAAAGGGAACAACUAUAACGGUCGAUGCUCAAAGGGUUUUUACUCUCCUGACUUAAACAGCCUUCUUAGGCCGUUCACACAGAACACGUUUUUCCAUUCCAAUGUGCUAUUUUCCAUUGUUUUUCUGUGUAAAUGCGCUAGACGGACGUGUAUGACCGUUACGCUCUUGUCUCGUGUUUUGUGCAGCAUCUUACACAUGAGCACCACGUUUUUAAGAUGCCGUGUCAAGUUAAAAGAAUUAACUUUUACACACAACGCCGCUCAUCAAUGUCAGUUCCAAAACAUUGGACCAAUCAGAAGACCCUGGAGGCGGGGCAAGUGGUGCAAGCUUUUGUUGACAGUAUCAAGCUUGGCAACUGUUUUAUUUGAUGAAAACAUGGCAGAGGAGGAAUUCUGUACUGUGCUUUUUUUAUAACCAUUCCUGAGUGCUGUGCCUCGCGUUUUUAGAUGCAAAGACGCGUUCUGUGUGAACAGCCCCUUACUGUGGUGCCAGAGACUGCUUUUUGGGCAGCUAGAUCCAAAUUUCCAUGUGUUAUCAUUGAGCUUGUGUUAUUACAAAAACGAAGACCAAUAGUGACAAGUUCUCACUUGAGUCACUCUGGAAUUUCAUAUAGUCUAGUAAUUAGGCUUACUCAUGUCUGCUUUUUGAUGGUAAUUAACAACAGGUAGGAUCAAAUUAGUCAAAUGUGAUUAAUUUGGAGUCAUUUUCUCUCAAUCAUUUGAGUGUAAUUAAGUCUACGAAAAUUUGCAAUAUUCAGGUGUAAAACAGCAUCUGUGAAGUAACAAAGGGAAUUUCUCAAAAACCCAACACUGUAUAUUUAACACUGGGAAUGUUUGCCAUUGUGUCUUGAAGUGGAAGGCGAAUACCUCUAUGAAUUAGGUGUCGAAGAAACACCAGUUAAUGUGUUCAAAAGAAAAAGUGAAGAACCAUAUGCAUAUUUCCAAACUGGAUGUAAAAUAGACACUACACUGAGGCUUCUCAAAAUGGUAUUCAUGUGUUAUAUUUUAGGCUAAUGUUUUUUAAGCUAAUCACUAGAUUCUGGUGGGGGAUUUUGAGGAAUACAGAUUAUAUACGUCAUGGCUUAAGUGGCCACAAUACACUCAAUCAAGUGUAUGCAACAGAUGUAUUGUGAAUGUGAAAACUUUUGUAAUUUAUGCUACUGUGGUACUGAUGUACAGUGGUACUGACUGCUUGAGAAAAAAAAAAGAUUUUAGGUUACUAAUGUCUACAAUGUGUACGCCCAUUGGUAUGUUGUUACCACGUCUGUGGCAGUUUAUCGUUCACAGUGGAAAAAAAAAAAGCAUGUGAACAUGAAAAUGAGCAAUGUUGAAGUAAUGCGGACAAAUAAUAAUUUGAGGAAUAACUACAAUUGUCAUCUUUCAUUUGUGAUACAUUUAUACCCACAGCAAUAAUAUAUUUAUAAUGUGCGACCCAUGCCAUGAGUUUAAAGCGUUUCCGAUUUUUUAAAUUGUUAAAAAUCAGAAUACUAAUAUUUAAUACUAAUUUUGAAUUGCUAAAAAUAUCCCCUAAAAUACUGCAUUAGGUGGGUGUGCUUACUCAUAAGUUUGGCUAAAACAAUUAGAGGAAAAAUUCAGUGCUGACUUGUACUUGGCACCAAACGUAACAUUACUUUGGAUAAAGUAAAAAAAGUUUGUUCAAAGAUUUUGACAUAUUCUUAAUCAUUCCAGCUAAUAUUUAGUUUCUUUUUAUCUUCAAUAAAAAGUAUUAUUGCCCUGAAGUAUGUUAAAUCUCUAGAAAGGUUUUUGAUUGUUUGUUAAUUUAAAUGACAUCUUCUGUAUUUUGAGUUCUUCCAAGGACGGGCCAUUUUCUUAAAUAUAUCAUGACAGGUCAUUCAUUUUCAAGCAUGCUACAUCAAAAGAACAAUCUGAGAAGAAAAAUCACACUUUUCCAUUUGUAAGUGCAGCGUGACUUAGUUAACAUGAUUUGGCGUUGAGAUUUGUCCAAACUGUUUGAAGCGAUACAAAGGUCUUUCACAGUCUCAGUUGGGUUUCAGCUGUUUAAGGAAACUGAUUGCCUAGCCAAGAAGUGUUGAGAAAAAUAAGGCCAGAAAUAUAUUUAACACAAGCGUGCAAAUAAUGACGUGAAUGUGUUGCCAGUGCAUGCAUAACAUGAGCUCUUCAAAUGUUGCUCUCAAUAAUCAAUAUUUACGAGAGCAAUAGUUUUACCUUCAGUGCUUGUGCCAUUGAACCACAUUAGCUUCAAACACAUAAAACUUUCUCAGCAACAUCUUUCAAGCUUUUGAUUUGCAAUAGUUGAUCUGAAAGAAAAUAAAUCUCACCUGAAGACUUUACUAUCUGCUAUAAUGCUUCUUACAGCAAUGCUGAGAAAGAAACACAUACUUGCAAUCUGAAAUGUGUCAAAACUGUAAUUCAAAACGCAAAACGGCACACAAGAUUGAGCUGUGUAGCUUUAAGGGAUUGUGUUCAUUUACUUGGAGAAGGUAUGUUUUGGGCCAAACUCUGUUGUGUGGAACCAAAUCUCUUCCUCCAGCACUCUUAACAACUCACUUUUUGACACUAGGUCAAUUGGAUCUCAAACAACAUUCUUUCCUUAAUUUCACACAGCUCUAAUUGAACAGGUUAUAUGCCAUAGUUCAGUCUUAACACUUAGGAAUGCACAUAAGAAAGCUGUGUUGUGUCUAUAGGCAAGACUCAUUAUACCAAACUCAUGCACAAAAGUCACCCUAAUAAGAAAAAUAUUCAAUAUUCUUGUGAAGGAGUGAACAGUGCAGUGUUUAGCAUUAAAUUACUGAAGUGCACUUCACAUUUGCAGAUCAGCCACUACAUAUAUUUGAACCCCAUCAAAUUGACCUCUUUUAAAUCUAGUAAACUGACCUGUCUGAUGUGAUCUGGAAAAACGAACAUUUGCUAGCCAACGCAAACUCUUCCUGUUGAAAAUUGUGAUAUCUUGAUUAUGUCUCAUGUACUUUAAAGGGAUUUAAUACAGGUAUUCCCUCAGAAUGUAAGAACCAAGAGUACUGGCAAGAGGAUGAAUGUCAAAAACUUGAUUGUUUUUGGAUUUAAUGUACAUUUUUUUUAACAUAAAUAAUGCACAUGUAUAUAAAGCCAUAUGUGUCGUAAUGUACGUUACUGAAUAAAAUAUAUUUAUUGAUAAA